AUUAAAUUCUACUAUUGAUUAUCUUUACUUGGCGGCCAGGUCAAGUCCAUUGGAAGAAUAUAUAAACUCUCUAUCUCUCCCUCUCAGCCUAUAAUAUUUGAUGAUCACUUCUAAAUUCUCACUCAUUCAUGUGUUUCAUUUCCUCUCUACAAAUUAAUAGCAACCACUAAUGGGGGAAUCAUUUGGCCAAAUCCGUCCCCCAACUUAUGGGAAUCUUGUUACAAUACUUAGCAUUGAUGGAGGAGGGAUAAGAGGAAUCAUACCCGGAGUUGUGCUCUCAUACCUAGAAUCACAACUUCAAGAACUGGAUGGAGCGGAUGCAAGACUCGCAGAUUACUUUGAUGUGGUCUCGGGAACAAGUACUGGUGGUCUAAUAGCAGCUAUGGUAACUGCACCAAACAAGGAUAAUCGACCGUUGUAUCCCGCAAAAGAAAUAGUACCCUUUUAUCUUCAAAACUGUCCAAAAAUAUUCCCCCAAGUAGGGGGACCUUUUGCUGGGAUUAUAGAAAUUUUCAAAGUUUUAACUGGACCUAAAUACAAUGGGAAGUAUCUCCAUCGGCUGAUUAAGGGCAUAUUAGGAAACACAAAGUUGCACCAGUCCUUGACAAGCCUUGUUAUUCCAACUUUCGACAUCAGGACACUAGAGCCGACUAUCUUCAGCACAUUUCAGGUGACAGGCAAUCCGGUGAUUGAUGCGCCACUUGCAGACAUAUGCAUCAGCACCUCGGCCGCACCAACAUUUCUUCCGGCGCACUAUUUCACAAACACUGACCAAAAUGGGAAUCUCAGAGAGUUUAACUUGAUCGACGGUGGUGUUGCUGCCAAUGACCCGAUUCUGGUUGCACUGGCUGAAGUGAACAAAGAAAUGUUCAAGGAAAACCCGGACUUCUAUCCGAUGAAGCCCUUGGAUUAUGGUCGUUUUCUGGUGAUAUCGAUCGGGACGGGAACGCAGAAGAAUGACCACAAGUACAGCGCAAGAAGGGCUGCAAAGUGGGGGAUUUUCGGCUGGUUAUAUGACAUGGGGUCUGCUCCUUUGAUAAGUGUUUUCAGUGAUGCAAGUUCGGAUAUGGUUGAUUACCACCUCUCUGUGGUCUUUCAAGUUCUUCGUUGCCAAGAGAAUUACCUCCGAAUCCAAGAUGACACCUUAAGCGGGACAUUAUCAUCAGUUGACGUGUCUACAGCCAAGAACUUGGAUAAUCUUGUGGAAGUUGGUGAGAAAUUGUUGAAGAAACCAGUUUCACGAGUGAACAUCAACACUGGUCGCAACGAACCAAUUCCAAAUGGUGGCACCAAUGAAGAUGCACUCAAAAUGUUUGCGAAAAAGCUUUCAGAUGAAAGGAAAUCCCGGGGGACAAAAUACGCGCAGAUGCAGGGGAAUGGAUCCAUGUAAUGUAACCUCAUAUUAUAUACAUUAGAGAUUUGUAUAAACUGGUGGACGUACUGGACCUUAAUUUUGGUGUGUUGUGUGCAUGCUUGGUUUGGAUGUGGAUGUGCAUGGGCCUGUGUACGUACGUGCAUGGGCGUAUUUACCUUUAAAAUGUGUGUUUUUACAUGCAUAAGAGAUUUGUACGUUGUUUGUCUGAUUGUACCUCCAUGCGCAAUCAGUAACUCUUUUUCCUUAAUUUCCUUUAAAUUUGUUUUUACAGCCGAGAUCGAUUUGGAUUUGUUGCUGUUUGUGUACGUGUAAGUGUAUCGAGAUCUAUUAAAUUAUUUUCCUUUAAAU